AGCGCCGUCUGCUCUUCUUCGCCGCCGUCGUCUUCUUCCUGCUCUGCUUCGCUGGUCGUUCAGAGAUAAGACAGUCCUCGUUUCCUGGAUCUGAAGUUCCUCAACGAACUUUGGCGGUAUAUCCUUCUACUCUCUCGGAUCUCGGCCGUGAACACCUAGGAGACCGAGACCCAUCUCGGUUCGGUGACUGAGUGGAUAUCAGGCACUCAAGCAAGCCGGCCCAUCUUUGGCAAUUAAUGCAGCAAUAAUCAACCCCCCAAAGGCAGGCAAAAUGGCCAAGACACUCCUCGAAAGACUUCGGGUCCGGGACGACAACGAGCACGGCUACGAGACCACGAAAUGGAUCAACCCGGACAUUGCACCGCUUCCCCCGAGUAGGCGGACUUGGGGCAUGUGGGCCUUUCUUGGCUUCGGAUCCAUCUCCAACCUAUGCAUCUCGGCCUGGACGGGCGCGGCGUCUCUCCUGUCACUGGGCCUCACCAUCCCGCAGACGAUGGGCCUCAUGAUCCUCGCCAGGGCGCUCAUCUGCCUACUUGUUAUCGGCAACGGCUGGAUGGGCUCCGAGUGGCACAUUGGAUUCACCGUCUCUCAAAGAAUCAUCCUUGGUAUGAACGGGGCCUACAUCGGGCAGCUCAUCCGGAUCAUGCUAUCGAUCGUCUGGUACGGGUCACAGGCCUGGCUGGGCGGCCUUUGCGUCUCCGCAAUGCUCAGCAGCUGGAGCUACAACUUCCUGACGAUGGAGAACACGCUCCCGGAGAGCGCCCACAUGGUAACCAGGGACCUCGUGGGCUUCGUCAUCUUCCACCUCAUCUCGGUGCCUUUUCUUCUCAUCAGGGUUGAAAAGGCAAAAGUGCCCGUCAUCAUCGCCAACCUCAUCGUCUUCGUCACCAUGAUGGGCAUCACCAUCUGGGCAUGCCAGACCGGCGGCACGGGGCCCCUGUUCGAGUCGGGCGCCAGACAGGCCUCGGCUUUAACCAAGGAAUGGGCCUGGGUCUACGGCAUCAUCGCCUCGGUCGGCAACAUCUCGGCCGGCAUCCUCAACCAGAGCGACUUCACCCGUUUCGCGCGCCGUCAGGGGAUCCAGGUCCCGGGCAUCGUCUUCUCGCUCUUCGUCCCGGGCAUGAUCGUCCCCGUAUUCGCCAUCCUGACGGCGUCGGCCUCGAUGGCCAUCUGGGACCUGGAGGAGCCCAUGUGGAACCCGCUGACGGUUAUCACGCAGUGGAUGGUGGACGACUACAGCGCAAAGGCCCGCGCCGGCGCCUUCUUCUGCAGCCUGGGCUUCAUCCUCGGCCAGAUCGCCGAGAACAUCCUCGGCAACGGCUACGCCGCCGGCAUGGACCUCGCGGGCCUCCUCCCGACCUGGAUCACCAUCCGGCGCGGCGCGCUGCUGGCGGCUGCCCUCUCGUGGGCCGUCCAGCCGUGGGAGUUCUACAACACAGCUAGUGUCUUCGUUUCCGUGGCCGCCAGCUUCUCCGUCUUCAUGGGCCCGCUGACGGGCAUCAUGAUGACGGACUACUUUGUCGUCCGCCGGCAGAAGAUCGAGAUGAGCCAGCUGUACACCGGAUCCAAAGAGGGCGCCUACUGGUACACAUACGGCUUCAACUGGAGGGCCUUUGUCGCUUGGGUCGUCUGCUUCGUGCCCGCCAUGCCCGGGAUGAUCGCGGCGGUCAAUCCGAGCGUCAAGAUCAGCGACGGGCUCUACAAAUACUACCUCGGUAACUACAUCUUUGGCUUCCUCGAGGCCGGGACGCUCUAUGCGGUCCUGACUUUUGUGUUCAAGCCGAAAAGGAUCGGGUACCAGGAUGACUUUGACAUCUACGGGACGUUCGAUGAAGACGUUGCCAUCAAGAAGGGCAUGGCACCUUUUGAAAGACCGAAGAGGGUGGAUGGGCCCAUCGAGGGUACACCCGUGGAUAUUGACGACGACCGUGCCAAAAGGGCGGCUCUUCCGUAGAUAGAUACCGUGGGAACCCGUUCUGGCUUCUCUUCGUUUCAAAUCUCCUCAAACCUGUCCUAUUUGCGUUGUACUGCCCCGUAUCAAGAACUGAUGUAUAUAUGCCGCGGCAAUCUUGAUACAAGAUCCUUUCUAUUGCAUUAUACCAGGCAAACUGAC